AUGGCAGCCGAAACCGACAGAAAACCCGUCAUCAUCGUGGGCGCAGGUCUCGCGGGCCUCGUCGCCGCCUUCGAGCUCUCCCAACAAAACGUCCCCACGCUCAUCCUCGACCAAGAGAAUGCGGCGAACCUGGGCGGCCAGGCUUUCUGGUCGCUGGGCGGACUCUUUUGCGUGGACUCGACCGAGCAGCGUCGCAUGGGCAUCAAGGACUCACGCGAGCUAGCCAUGCGCGACUGGCUCGGGUCGGCGCGCUUCGACCGCGAGAAGGAGGACUAUUGGCCGCGCAAGUGGGCCAAGGCCUUUGUCGACUUCGCAGCCGACGAGAUGGAGAGCUACGUCAAGGCGCGCGGGAUUGGAUUCCUGAUGAACGUCGGCUGGGCUGAGCGCGGGGAUGGGCGGGCGGAUGGGCACGGCAACUCGGUGCCGCGGUUUCACAUGACGUGGGGGACCGGGCCGGAGGUCGUGCGAGUGUUUGCCGAGCCGGUCAAGGCGGCGGAAAAGAAAGGAAUCGUCGAGUUCAAGCACCGGCAUAUGGUCGACGAGGUUAUCGUCGACGAGAAGACUGGGCGUGCCGUCGGCGUCAGGGGACGGGUGCUGGAAGCGGAUGAAUCCCCGCGAGGAGUCAAGUCGUCCAGGACCGUGAUCGGAGAGUUUGAGAUCCAUGGUUCUGCCGUGUUGGUUUCCUCUGGUGGCAUCGGCGGCGACGUUGACAGGGUCAAAGCCUGCUGGCCUGUCGACCGCCUGGGGCCAAAUAUUCCAAAGAACUUCGUGGUGGGUGUGCCUGCGCAUGUUGACGGCCGCAUGAUCGACAUCACCGAGACUGCUGGCGCCAAUGUCAUCAACCGCGACAGGAUGUGGCACUACACCGAAGGCCUUGCCAACUGGGAUCCAAUUUGGCCUGGGCAUGGUAUCCGCGUGCUCCCCGCUCCCUCGUCCCUCUGGCUCGACGCCACCGGCAAGCGCCUGCCUCCGUUCCUCUUCCCCGGCUGCGACACACUGGCGACCCUCAAGCACAUUUGCAGCACCGGUUACGACUACACAUGGUUCAUCGCCGAUCAGUCGAUUGUGGCCCGCGAGUUCGCGCUCUCCGGGUCGGAGCAAAACCCCGACGUGACCGGCAAAUCGAUAUGGCAGCUCCUUACCCAGCGCAUCUUCAGCUCCAAGGGCACCAUCCCGGUCCAAAACUUUGUCAAACACGGCGCGGACUUUGUCGUCCGCGGCAACCUCGAAGAUUUAGUCAAGGGGAUGAACGAAUUGAUCGCCGACGUCCCCGGUGCCCCGAAGCUUGAUUACGCCAAGGUGUUAGAAGUGGUCGAGACCCGCGACGGGCAGUUUGUCAACACGUACUCCAAGGAUGCCCAGGCGAUGCUUGUUCACAGCGCCCGCACCUACUGGCCCGAUAAGAGGAGCCGCAUUGCGCCGCCGCACCGGUUGUUGGACGUCCAGAACCACGGCCCGCUGAUUGCAGUGAGGAUGAACCUGCUGACCAGAAAAACCCUGGGCGGGAUCGAGACGAACCUGGACAGCAACGUCAUGCGGACAGACGGGACGGAGUUUCCGGGCUUGUAUGCGGCGGGCGAGGCUGCUGGCUUUGGGGGUGGUGGUGUGCAUGGGUAUAGCUCGCUGGAAGGGACGUUUUUGGGCGGAUGUAUCUUUUCCGGCAGGGCAGCCGGGCGGGCGAUGGCGAAGGAGGUGUUAGGCAAUGGGGCGAGUGCGGAGUGA